AGCAUAAUUCUUCGUUAUCAUGAUGGCCUGUUGACGAGAGCUUCUGGAGAAUCUCAAAAUAAUGAUGAAACGUAUAUGUAUAGAAGAAAUAAGUCAUUAUUUUCUCCCGAAAGUCUCUUGGCUUCUUUUAUCAAAGAGGGUAUCUAUAUCAGAUUAUACUCUGGAAAUUGUAUUCAUGUGCAGAUUACAUCUCACCUUGGAAAUGGAAAAAAGUGUAUAGUAUUUUUGGUACAAGUACAUGAUUAUGAAAUAAGGGAUGCCGUUUUGAAGGUGAUCUUUCUUGCGUUCCCACAAUUCUCUUCGAAGGUUAUACAAUGGGUGGAACCAUGGCUUUACUAACCGAUUUUGCGGGACAACCUCUGGAAUCAUGGAUUUCUGAUAAUGAUAAUAUAGAUGAUUACACAAUUUUUCAAAUAAUUCUGGAUCUAUUAUCGUGCUUGGAGAAGAUACAUACCCGUGGUUACACGCAUGGAGAUGUGGCCAUACGAAACGUUAUACAGAGAAAUGGUCAUUUUUAUCUUAUUGACUUUGGCCUUGCAACUCUGUUGCAACUUCUCAUUAAUCCAUGUCAAGCAAUUAUUCGGGACUACAUUUAUUUGUGUCGAAUCAUUGGAGUUAUUAAUAGAUAAAUUGGAUGGAGAGUUUAAAUCAUUUGUUUCAAUUAUCGAGAAUGCGAGUAGGUGGAAAAUAAUUAACGAAGAGAAGUGGUUAGAAAGGUUUGGUGCUGAAGUUAAACAAUUUCAUGAGAGAGGCCAUCACUUGCCUAGAAAGGCGUUGCUGGAUAUAACAGAAAUUUAAUAAAUAAGACUA